CAAUCUAUCCUCUCCAUGUUUCCCCCAUCUACACCUUCUCUCCAUCUUUACAUCCGUUCUCUCCUUUUCUCUCCAUCUUUACCUCUGUUCUCUCCUUUUCUCUCCAUCUUUACCUCCAUCCACACGUUCUCUCCAUCUUUAGCUCUAUUCUCAUCUUCUCUCCAUCUUUACCUCUGUCCACUCCAUCUCUCCAUCUUUACCUCUGUCCACUCCAUCUCUCCAUCUUUACCUCCUUCCACACUUUCUCUCCAUCUUUGCCUCCAUCCACACCUUCUCUCCAUCUUUGACUCCAUCCACACCUUCUCCCCACGUUGUCCUGUGUUCACACGUGACAUCACUUCCUGUGCAGAGCUUCCAGAGGUGUUCCUGCUCCAGAAGACGCCGUCCUCUCCGGUCAGCUGCAUGGCGACAGGUUUCUACCCCGACGGUGCCGACCUGUUUUGGAGGAAAGACGGCGAGCAGAUCUUCGAGGACGUGGAGCACGGAGAGAUACUCCCCAACCACGACGGAACCUUCCAGAUGUCGGUGGCGCUGAAAGUGGAGGUGACGGCCGACGUGGAGGGCAAGUACGAAUGUGUGUUUCAGCUGUCAGGCGUCAAGGAGGACUUGGUCACCAAGCUGGAGAGAAGAAGCAUCCUGAGCAACGCAAGCCAUGAAGGUGAGAAAGACACAUUUAGUUGGAGAUGUUUCCCAUCACAAGUCCACCUGUCACCAUUAUUGAUCCAUGUCACCAUGACAACGCUUGACGUCUGCAUGCAAAGUAGUCAUGAAGGUUUCCUCUUCAUGCUUUGUCACUCCACUUGUGCUUUUUUGCUCUCCACAGACAACUUGAGCGUCGCCCUCGCUGCCACGGCGGCGGUCCUCGCUGUGGCGGCCAUCAUCAUCAUCAUCAUCAUCAUGGUCAUGGUCAGGCGUCACAGAAACAGACAAGGUGAGGGACGCCAAUGUCCUCUGUCUUCUUCUUCUCGGUGCACUCGGUCCAGGCCGUGAGUUGAUGCUUUCAUCCGGGCUGCAAAGGUGCGGCCAUCUUUUAGUUGCCUUCCAGCCAAACACUCAAAGAUCCACAGAGACAGAGCGCACACUCUCACGUAGAAACACGGCGUGACGUGAGGGGAAAAGUCCACUUCACCUUGUUUCUCUUUCAUUUCAGCCCAGUACGAUCCAGCUGGUAAGUAAAACAUCUUUUCUUUGAGCCGCAAGAAACAAAGCCGUGGUGAAGCGUCACUCACAUGGAGGUCUGAUGUGGACCUUUGUUACAAGUUUAGCCGGAAAAGCCCAACUGGAGCUGACUCCUUCACAAUAAAAGUCCCUCCUGUGAGCACACGCAAUACAAAGUCUGGCAUAUCUCACUUUUGACAGGAGUCCUCAUGAUGAGGAUCAGCCAAAUGAGACAUCAAGUGUGCUGACUCGUCAUGUUUCCAAGUCACACCUCAAAGAUCUGAUGUGAGUGACGAGGCACCUUCUGGAUGUUCUUCCUUCACCGUUUGCGUUUGUCCCGCAGCUCGCCACGGCGGCGUGGAGCUCGACGAGAACGUGCAGGCGGCUGAAGGCUGAGUAAGCUCACAUGGACUGUCUGCACCUCCAAAUGUUCUUGUGUGAAGAUGAUGUUCAACUUGGAUUCACCUGCUUCUGUCGGGAAUGUGCUGAGUGGUCUUCUUCCUCCAGGAUGCUUUGUGCACUGGAACACAGGGAGAUGUCUCCAUCGCUGAGGGACGUCAUCACACUCGGAGAUGAGAUGGAGAUGUGCUUUGUUCUUCGUCUGACUGCUCCUCACGCUAUUCCAUGUAUUCUUCUUUGGCCGUUAAAAGACUUUCAAGAUCAAACGCUGGUGGCUGUAAAAUCGCACGUUUCAUGGCCUUGACGUCAUGACGAGGAUUUCUUCUUUUCUUUCAAUGGCCGCUGCUUAUGAUCAAUAUCACAUUGUGUCACAUCUCUGUCAAUAAAUCCGUUUUUCCUCCA